AGUUAUGGGUUAGUGGUGUACGUUGGGCAUAGGUAAAAUUCCUGUGCGAUGUAUUGUUUUGCAUUUUGUGAUAAGAAAUAAGGAAUAUGCAGAUCAGCCAAUCAAUAGCAAUCACUGAAAAAAACGGAGAUUAUUUUCGUCUUGUAGAGGUACGAACACAGACUAAAAGAGGUUUUCAUUAGAAGCGUGCUCAUGUCAAAAUCUCAGCGACAGCGUAUCUAUCAUUAAGAACAGAAGAACUUAGAAGCCUCGAGAAAGGAGGUCGACAUAUUCCGCGUCGGGAUCAGAGACUGCUCAACUUUAGUUCUCAGAUUGAUGGCAUCCUUUGACAUUUUGCCUUGAUAACCCAUCACGGAGUGCUGCUAAGAAACGGAGAUUACACGUGAUUAACAAAAAUCAGUCAGUGCAAAAGAAUUUGGAUUGUUGUCCGCCGGCAGGCGCAUGUGCAAUCGGCAAGCUUGCGGCGCUGUUUUUCUUAGAGAUAUGUAAUCCGCGGGUUGUUAUCUAAGCUUUAAAUUGAGAAAGCUCAUCUUUUCGAGAGGCAGAACGAUUUCACCAGCGUCUAAAGAACUGUGUAGAGUGUUUAGGAAGUGGCUGCGAAGGAAAUACAAUGGCAGAGAACCAUGGAGGAAAAUCACAAGCAAAGCGACCGACAGAGAUAGCGCCAGAGAGUGGCAGGGUAACGGGUGGUAAAACAUCAAAGAAACUUCCCCUCACGUCCAGCAGUGAGAAGGUUUCAACUUCUGGCAAGAAAACUCCUAGUAGCGAUAAACACCCUCCAACCUCAGGGCCUGGACGGCGGACACCCGCUACCACCCCAAGUGGUGAUAAAGGAAUACCGGGGAGUGGCAAAAAGACCCCCAGCGCGGACAAACCCCCUUCGGCGAGAAAAACACCGGCUUCCACCCCAACGGAAAAGAAAGCGCCUCUUGGCGGACGACGAACCCCAGCUACGACCCCUAGUGGGGAAUCUCCAACCAAAAAAGCUACCGUGCGAAAGGCGGGGUCCAUCGAGGCACUUCACUCGGGGAAAAGAGCAGGGUCUAUUGAGGGUAUAAAUCACCAGGCAGCAAAAAAAUUAGGUUCUACCGAAGCGAUCCAUAAAAAUAUGGGUACAUGUGCUAGUACUAAAGCUGCAGGAGGUUCUCCGCGGAUAACCCCCGCUAAUAGUCUUAACGCACUGGCUCCCCAGAAAGCGCCGCCGAAAGAAAAACCAGCUGCAGAAGAAAAAGAAGUUUUGAAAGAGGUUUUAACAACCGAAGAGCAAGACAAGUUAGAAAUGCAAGCCGAAGGGAUUUCUUUAUCUUCGGAAAGUGUGCCUUCUGAUCGUGAAGAGGAGUUGGAAAAGCUAGAGAUCAUAGAAGAUUCGGACAGAAUUCCUGAUUAUUCCGAAACAGAACAAUCUGGCGUGUCCUCUGCAAUAAAUAACAACACCUGUGAAACAAACAUUCCAGCUGUUGAAUCGACAAAUAGUGAAAGUGAUAAAAGAGAUGUAGAAAUAGUACCUGAAAAUGUAUCCGAGAAAGAGACAGAACAAAUCCCCAUCCCCAUUGAAAAACAAGAAAACAUCGGUUCUGCAGCACCUGUUUCAACUGCAGAUGAAAACAUUCAUUUAGAGACUCAAAAUGACAUUAAAGAGGAACAAAAAGACAACGAUUUUAAAGAGGUCCCAUUGGACACUGAAUCCGAAGAGACCGUUUCUCAAUCAUCUGAUAAGCAACAAGUGACUGAAGUUACAGAAGUAAGUCGCACAACAGAUACAGAGGCAGAGAAAGUAGUUACAGAAGAAAAGCUAACGAACGAUGAGCAGGACAGCGGACAGACAAAAGACGAAACUACGGAAGAUGAAACCAAAGUAGGAGAGCCAGCAAAACAGCCUGGCAAUUUCACUGAUGCGACUGAAACAAGUGCCGAUGAUAAAAUAAAUGUGCAGACGGAUGAUUCGGGAAACAGUAGUGAAAACAGAUCCAAGGUCGCAGAAGAAGAAUUAAUACGGUCUUUGAAACAAUUAGAAGAUUUGACAGUUCAAGCAGCAACAAUGGCAGCGGCACUAGGACAAAAGGUCGAGGACCAGGAUGAAGGAACUCCGAAAUCAAGUUCUACAGAAAACACUAAUCUCGAAUUGGGGUCUGAGUAUGAACAACCAAACAAAAUGGAAAACGCCAACCUGGUAACAGAGGCAGAAAUCCAGCUACCAAACGAAAUGGAAGCGUUAAAUGAAGUGGAGACGAGUGUCGCUGGUGCUGCGCCAGCGGAUGCAUUCGUUGCAACAGAUGAGCCGGCUUCGACUCCAGCUGUUGAGAAAAACCAAGAAGAACGCAAUGUACCAGAUGAUGAACAUACUAAGAUGAAUAUUGAUUCAACAGAGGUGGCGCAGCAGGUGGACCCUACGCCAGGUGAAGUUAAACAAAACGAGCACUCUGAUUCCGUGGUUACACCACAGAAACAGACUACCGAAAUUCAGGCCCCUCAGCUAGUAAGACAAGAAGCGGUCGAUUCCGAUUCUACGCCAGCAAGUCCAGGACCGACAACAAAAGAAAUCCCAGCAACCUCUGAAAUAAUAAGAAACCGGUUAGUAGACCUCAAUGAGCAUUCCGAAGCCGCGAUUUUAGAAACAAAUAUGGAGAUCACAUCUAAUGGUGAGCAAGAGGCGAAGCAAAGUAAACCAGAAGGGCAGAUUGCAACAGACGGAGAACACUUACCCAGUUCAGUUGAAGAUGAUAGCGCUGAAGGGAAAGAAAGUAUUAUUACCGAGUCUUCCGAAACUAUAGAUGGAAAGAGUGCCCCGGUGACGAUAUCGGAAGAAGACAAGAAGGUAGCAGCAGAUACCACAGAUGACGUAGCAGUUCCUCAGGUUCCUGUAGAAGAGAAGGUAGAACAGGAAGCUACCCUUACAGACGAGCCCGCGGAAAUUCAAACCGGUACGACUGAGCCAGCCAGUAUUGCCCCAUCUGAAGCGAUCACUGAGAAUACUUUAGAACCAAAAGCUACAGAGCCUGAAAAUGAAGUCAAACCAGUUAGAAGCGACAAUGAGGAUAUUAAAUAUUCUGAAGUUGAAAUCGCUAUUCCUGUUAACGGCGUCAGCACGUCGAUUCAUUCAGAAGAAAAAACUAAAGAUGGAGCAUCGUCCAAGCAAGCUGAAAUGCCAGUUAUCAUGGUGGAGGACACCAUUGCCAAGUGUGAAGCAACACCUAUAGAGUGCGCUGUGCCAGCAGAGGACCACGACAACGAAGCGCCAAUUUCCCCUCUACAGAUAUACAACCGGCUUCUAGCCGUUCAGAGAGAAAUGUCGACGAUGCAAAUUCAAUUAACAAAACUGCAAAGUGCUAUGCGCAAUAGUUCACAUGCACUAAUGGACGUUAUCGAAUUAACAGAAAAGCAGCUUGGCAUAAACUGAAAGCAUUUGAAAAACUGAAUGUUUGCCCUAAAAUGGUCAGUUUUUAACUGCUGAGCUUGGGUUUGGACAUUCCUGUACAUGUACGUGUAUGGAUUUU